AUGGCGUCCAUGUUCAAACUGCCUCCCCUCCUGGCUUCUUUCUUUUCCCUCUUCCCUCUCCAUACAUAUUCCUCAAUCCCCCCUCUCAACAAACUUGCGGUCUCGCUUCCUACUUUGUGGAUACACCCACCACGCGAUUCAUCAACACCCUCAGAAGCAAACCUGCUCAGCGAAGAUGUUGAAUGCCUUAAAUGGCAGGCCUAUCUUGCCCUUCGCGGUCUCAAAAAUAUCAAGAUUCGGAGCGACGUCAAAGCUGAAGGUGGUAUCGAACGUCGUCUACCCACCCUCCAUGUACCAACCUCUGAGAGUCUCGAAAAGAACGAGGCCUUGAACAUCUCUGAAUGUUCAGAGAACGGACAGCUACUCCCCACCCACCUCAUCCCUACUUGGGUCGACACGAAGCUUGGUGUAAAUUUCAAUGCAGACUCUUUGGAGGGAUACAAAGACGAAGCUGCACGAGAUGAAAGCAGAGCGUGGGUUGCUCUCCUUGAGGGUGUAGUUCAUGCAGCACUUAUCUUAUUCCAGCCGACACCAUCGCCCCUUCGGUUGCUCCUACUCACUCCGAACGCGAUUUCAUCGAACGACAUCCUCCCUGCCAUCCUUUCCCCUCCCCCGCCCCCUCUUACCGGUCUUUCCUCAUUUCUGCCGCCCUUUGGGACGCGUCCUCCAAGGGCCAACAUCCUUUCACAAUACCGCGACGCCAUCGUUUCCCUAUCCGAACGUUUAGGGACGGACAAAUGGUUUCUUGGUUCAAGUGAUCCCACACCACUCGACGCCCUAGCAUUUGCCUACCUCCACUGCCUCCUCCACUCACACGAAACCAUACGCAUCGAGGUGACGCGUCGUGUCAAUCUCGUUGCCUGGGAGUGGCGAGUGCGCUGUCUAGUGCGGUCUGGAUUUACGCAAUAG